AGCAAUGCAAUUCUGUCUGUAAAACGGUAAUUUAUAGCGCUUGUACUCACUUUGUAUUCCUUAUAAACGCUUAAGUGAACGAUUAACGGUUUCAUGAUUCAUUUACUACCCAUUCUGUGCGUUUUUUCAUUUAUCAUUCAGUGCGUUUACGGUGUCUGUACACAUCUGCCGUCAGGACUAUGCUUCGUCGACUGUACACAGGAUACCUACAUCGUCGUCUGCGAAGGCGUCGACGGCAACCAACUGCAGGCGGAUCUGCAGAUCUUCGCCGGCCUGAACCGUACCUUCACCCUGCACAUCUGGAAUGCUCCGGCCAUCCAGCGUCUGGGUGGGAUCACCUUCCUGGAUGUACGGACACUACUGGUCGAACUGCAGAUGCAGAAUCUGGAGAAUUUGGAAAUGUUCCCGGAAGUGUUGAUGGUGACGGUACUAAAGAGGAUCACCAUCCAGAAUACACCGAAGAUGAAGAAUUUCCCGUUGGAACUUCUACCUGUCAGCGUUGAAAGAAUCGAUUUGCACCGAACCGGCAUUGAAGAUUUUCAAUCGGAUUACAAUUUGCAAGGAACCUUCCCGAACAUGAAGCAUUUCCGUGUCCGGGACCAAAACGUCGGUCUCCUGGAUCAGUAUUUCCUAGCCUUUCCCAACAUCGAAUCAAUUGAAAUCUUCAAUAAUGAGGUGCACAUUGGACGGUUGGACCAUCGACCAUUGCCGUUUGUGACAGUCAAACCGCUGAAACGCCUUCUGGUCCGUAACAACACCUUCAUCACAGCCAAUCCCAACUUCUACUAUACCGUCUUUCAUGACAUCAUCACCAGUCUGACCGUAGACGAGGGAAGCGAUGUCGAAAUCUCACAUAACGGAUUCCCGAUUGGAAAACAAGCAUUGACGAAUUUCAACCGGUUGUCACCGGUGAAACGAUUAUCACUGCGCGGCAGCCACUUUGAGAGCUACAGUGCACUGGAGAACUUGUUUAUUAACUUCACCAAUCUUCAGUACUUGGAUUUUGGGUUGACGAAUCUACCCAUAUUUCGCUUGGGAAUUUUCCGCGGUUUACCAAACCUGGAGAUCUUGAAGCUGGACGGGAAUAACAUCCGGGAUAUUGAGUAUAAGGAUUUCUUUCAGAAUUUAACCGCUAAAAAUUUAUCUUGGCUGGAUUUGUCGGAUAAUCAAUUAACGACCAACCCGUUUGGCUACCAAAGCUGGGCCCGAAAUUUGGUACGUUAUGAACUGUCUGGUAACGAGAUCUCCAAACCACUUUUUGCCGGACGCACGCAGUACUUUUCUAAGCUGCGCAUCGAAGUUCAGUCGCACAACCGGCGUACCACCCUGAAUUCGACCGUCUACAAGGAGAUGCCAAACCUGCAGGUCAUCGAUUUAAGCUGCAAUAACUACAUGAAUAUUACCAAGAUUUUCUUCAGUGGAAUAUCGCCAAACUUGAAGAUGUUAAAUAUGUCGUUCUGCCCGCGUAAGGAAAGCCAACGCGUACAAAUUGCCAAGGAUGCUUUCAGCGAGUGGCCUACCAUCCGCGAGCUGUAUCUGAACCGAGCGUUUCUGCGGUCGAAUUUCUUCCAAAAACUCCAGAAAAUGCCGGCUGCAAGUGCAAAGGCCUUGCGAGUUCUGCAUCUGGCCCACAACAAAAUCGCCUACCUUCAUGGAACCAACCAUUUCAUUCCGUUUACAGAGCUGGAAUACCUGGACCUCGAAUACAACCGCCUACAAUCCACCGGCCCAAAAGCUUUCUCUCCUUUAAAAGGCCUUCGCAGGUUGAACCUCGCUAACAACGGUCUGUUUUCCAUUGGCUCGCUAGACUUUGCCGGCCUGGAGAACCUAGAAGAUCUCGACCUUUCCGCGAAUAAGCUCCUUUUACUGCAGACCGGUGCAUUCGAUAUGCUGCCGAAACUGCGAGCGCUAUUUCUCCAUGACAAUAGCCUCCCGGAAGUCCACAUUCCCAUGACUAUCUUCGGGCCGGGAAAAGGCGGCAAUCUGACUCAUGUCAGUGUCCGGGAGCUGUCGUUGCGAUGCCUGAAUCCGAUGAUUUUCACCAAAUUCUCCCAGCUGAAAUGGGUGUACUUGAACGAUUCGAUUCCACUGUUUGCCAGUAUGGACCCGGUGCUGGAUGUGCAGGAGCAGUUGCAGCGAAUGGCACUGCACCCCUGGGCGGAUCUGCGAUUAUGUGAAGAAAGCCCCAAUCCGGAAGAACUCAGUGAUUUACAGACUUCCUUUAUCCGGGUGCAAGUGGCGGAUAAUGAUCAAGCGGUGUAUCAAGAUUUGUUUCUUCAUUUUAGUAAUUGCUACCAAAGGUCACCGAGGAAUAUCAAACAGAAAGUCGAAGAUACGUUGUGCCAUAAAUAAUCACAUGCUGAUGUUUUCGUGUACAGAUAAGGGUUACAAAUUCGAGCAAGUCCAGUAAAAUAAGUAAUUAAAGGUUUAAUCUAAGAAUCAGGUUGACACACAAACUGCAA